AUGUCAAGUAAUUCAACACCUUAUAAACGUGCAUUACUUCACGUUUCAUUAGACUCAUUCUCUUCAUUUAAUGAAUAUUAUCAAGAAAUUGUUUCGUUGGCAAUUUGUCGUGUCUCGGAAUCACUGACUAUAUAUGUUUCUAGUCCUGAUAUUCAUACAUAUAAAGAUGUACCUUUCGUGCAUUGGACGGAGGUUCAUGAUGUUUUGAGUUUGAUUUACGUGACCGCCACUAAGGCUGCUUACGAUAAUUUUCGUCUAUUAUUGAAUGUUGAUGUAGUCUUCGAAGAGUGGUGUGGGUAUUCGCUUGAAUUAAGUGAUGAUGAGCAGUUUGAAGUGAUAUUUGGUGAACGGGAAGAUAGUUCUAAUCUCCGAAAGUUUAAUGAAAAUCGUAAGAACUCGAAUCUCUUGGAAUUACCGAUUCAAAUAUUACCAUCGAAGUUAAAAAAAGGUCAAAAUAUUAGCAUUACCCAUAAUGAUAGUAGCCCAGGCAGUUCACCCCGACCAUCAAUCACGAAAACAACACGAUUUGAUCAUGUGGCGGUCGGCGGAACGUUUGAUCAUUUACACGCCGGCCAUAAAAUCCUAUUACACAUGAGCGCGUGGAUCACCAGCAAACGAUUAGUAUGUGGCGUGACCGCGGAAAACAUGUUGCAAAACAAAAAAUACAAAGAAUUUUUAGAGCCAAUUGAUACGCGAGUUUCUAAAGUGUUAAAAUUCUUAAGGAAAAUAAGAAGCGAAGAGUUUAUUAAAUAUCAAGUUGUGCCUAUUUUUGAUAUUUAUGGUCCGACUGCUACUGAUUCGGAUAUUGAAGCUUUAGUGGUGUCGAAGGAGACUAUGGCUGGUGCUAAUUCAAUUAACGAGGAACGCAAGAAACGUUCACUUAAGCAACUUGAUUUUGCUAUGAUCGAGGUGAUUUCCUCUACAAAUUCCUCAUUAAAUGAAGCUGAAUUAAAAAGCUUGAAGCUAAGUUCAACUUCUGUUCGCGAGCAUUUAUAUAAGACCAACACUAAGGCGUCAAAUACCUUUUGA